AUGGAGAUGGAGAUGAAGAAACUGGAAAGCUGCCCUCCCCACCAAGGACCGGAGCUCUCCGCUUCCACCGCUGAUGAUCAUGCCCUUCUACGCUAUACGAGCCUCCGUGACAUCAUCUUCGUCUCCCCACGGCGCGGCUGGUCGGCUAACACCGUCGUCCACGUCCCCCUCUUUAACGACUCCGCUGUACAAAUCAGGAACCACCUCGUCAAGCAUGCUGCCUCCGCCUAUCUCCGGCCGGCGGCUGUGCUAUAUACGCACAACCAGAAUUGCAUGGCCCGGCUAUGGACGAGGAUGAUCGGCUGCGCCGCUCUCCCCACCGGCUGGGGCAUCCGCCUUAGGCUUCAUCUCAGCUCCAGCAUGGAGCAUCUGGUUUGGUCCUUCCGCCGGAUCAUUGCCUGCAUUGUUGACCACGUAGGUGGGGGCAGCGGCGGCGGCAGGACGACGAUCACGUGAAGUAACUACAAAAGGUUCUAUGCUGGGUUGAAAGGAGCGGCGCGGUCCUUCUCUGAUCUCUACGACCGGCGCUACUUCGAUGAAGAAAAGUUUUUUUCUUUUCCUGCUGGUUCAUGGGGCGACCUUAGUGGUCUCCGUCGUCUGUGCCUUUCUCUCCUUCCUGCGAUGUGUUAUCAACGUCUCCAUCUGCAUACUUCAUCAUCUCACAUUCCAACUUUAAAUUUAUUAUUUUAAAAAUUAAUCAUAUAUUUUAUUUUCCAAACUUUGGGCUUUUUUUACCACAAUCUAGGUUUAUUUUUCAAAUAUGAAAGUUUUCCUAUCGCUGAGUAUCAGAUCAAGGUAUUUCUGAAAUAAUGAAUUUGAAACGAGUGGAGCAUAUAGUUCAGGAUAAUGAAUUUCUUAUGUAAUUAUUGAUUCCCAUAUGUCAACACACCUAAUUAAUAAUUUUAUUCUUCUUGAAUCCUUUCUAGUUUUAACCUCUCAAGGAUGUAGCCAUGAUACUUUGAGCCAAGGAUGUAGCCUCGAUACUUUGAGUCAAGAUCUGUAACUUUAAAAUUGCAUUGAAGAGAUGAGUUUAUGAAACUUUAUGACUUUUCCAAUUUGAACUUGAGUAUAGACCCUAGGUCCUUUGCAAAGGCCCACAACAUGUCUAGGUUAUAAAAAGCUUGGUAUGGGCCAAAAUUGUAAUGUGCCUAAUCUUUUAGACUAGUUCCUUGUUUUGAAUCUGCUAAAAAAACUUUGUUAUUAUUGUGUAAUGUAGGGCAAUUGUCACUUAAAAAUUAAGAAAUAUGUGAAAGAAAGUGAUGAAGAAGAUGCAUGUGGUUUUACUGUGAAUAGAGGCACAUCAUAAAAACUAACAAAAAUAAAGGGUUUCAAGGAAUACUAAUAGAUCAUGGAUGUACGAAUAUUUAA